GAGAGUUUUCAAAAAUCAGUUCAGCGGGAGCUUCGAAGGCGAUUGCACAAGUGAUUCGAGUGGUUGGUGAAUAAGAGAAGCAUUUAAAAGAAACGUAUACAAAAUUUUAUUAAUACAAUAAAUAAAUACUAUAAAAAGCCGACUCAUUGCUGCCCAUAUUUGAAAAAAAAACAUUUUCAGGCAAAAAAAAGAAAAGAAAAGAAAAAAAAAAUAAACAAAGAAGAACAUUUAAAGAAUAUCAACAAUUUUAUUAUAUUCUUAAGAAGACUUCGCAACUUUCAACUCAGCUCUUGUACAAAACUACAUAUACACGCAUAUAACAAUAGUUGUAUAUAUGAUGGCAACCUCACAACAGCCAAAUGGAUUAUUGAAUGAUAAAAGCAGCCUUAGAGGAGAGGAAUUUAUUGAUAUGGGAGACGAUCGCUCGGAGAAACACUCACUGAAUCGAGAUUUCAUGGAUUCCGAGCGCACUGAAAUCGAUGGAGCAAUACGCACCCCAGAGGAACUGGACGCCUUGGAAGAGCUGACGACCGUCGACGUCAACGCUUAUGCGCAUAAGAAAACCCUGGCACAGGGAAUGAUGGACUUAGCACUACUUACAGCUAAUGCCAAUCAAUUGCGUUAUGUAGUGGAGACUUAUAAAAAUCAUCCAUAUUUCUAUCCCAGUUUGGUUUUACUCAUACUCAGUAUUGGCUUUCAAAUAGCCGUCGGUGUUGGUUUAAUCCUCAACAGUCGCUAUAAUAUUGAGGAUAAAAAGGAAGUGUGUCAUGCUGAAAAAGUCAAUAAUUAUACAAUAUGUGGCAUUUUUAUUAUAACUGUGAUUAAUGUUUUCAUCUCGGCAUUUGGUGUGGCAGAUGCGCCCGAUUCUAAGUGAUCAGCGAAGUCCAGCCGCAGGAAUUCUUUUCUGUAUAAGCACAAAAAUGUUAAACAAUUGGCAACCAAAAAUUUUAAUUUUAUAGCAAGUUUAAAGUUAAUUCGUGUUUAAGUAAAUUCUGAGACAUUUUUUUAAAACAUAUUGUUUUUUAAAUUUAAAAUACAUAUAUAUAUGCUAUUAGGUUACAUCCAUUAUCAACAUAAGCUAUAUAUACAAAUAUAUACAAAUACCAUAUAUAUAUAUAUAAAAGCGCUUACAUACCCUGCAGGGAAAAAUACUAGUUGUUAAGCUGUCGGACAUGAUUUAAAAGCUCCUCAUAAAAAAAUAUCAAAUGACUGGCAGCGGCUUCGAAAAAACUGUAGACUCCUCCAUUUAUUAGAAAACCAUCAAGAGGUAUACCACAAAAUUAAGUAGAAACUCAGCGAUUAGAAUCCAACUGAAGCGAACUGUCAAUUAUUCGUUUAUGCAUUAGUUUUAUACUAGUUGUAUACUAGUUCAUUUUGGGUACUUGUAAUUUCUACUUCACAAAAUAAAAUUUAAAUGAGUUUGCCUGCUGUCAGAUGCGACUCGUGAACCUUAUGGACGCCACAGUGAUAACCUCUAGCCACUAGGCUAACGCUGUGUUGUAGACAGCGACGAGAUGUACGCGUUUCAACAGAGAAUAUGAGGAAAUGAAACUCAGCCGACGCAUACUAAAAAUAACAAGGGGUGGUGUUAAGAAAUUUUCGCUUCAUCGAAAAAAAAAAAUUAAAAAAAAAUGAAUAUGCCUACCGCGGGAAACGAACUGUGGACCUAAUGCACUACAGCAAAAAUUUCUAACCACUCGGCUAUGUACCGAUCAAACUGUUGUUUGUUGUUGUUGUAGCGGUUCGCUAACACCGCUUAGGUACAGGUUUCACUAAUCUAACUCGCCGACGUCAUCUAAUGGGAGGUCCUACCGAUCAAUCUUAAACCGACCCAUCUACCGAUCAACCUCAUUUUGCGCCCUUCAACAGAGCAGUGCAGAGAAUAGAACUAUCCCGCUAUAACAACAAUAAAGGAUGGUGAAAAUUUUUAUUUCUACCGUUAGUGGUCAACUAACUGGUAUGAUUUCAACUUCAAAAUACUAGCAUUUACCCAGUACUUUUGCAUGCUAAUCUACCUUUUCCCUGCAGGAGAAAUAUGAAGUAGAAUAAGGAUAUCGAACAAAUUGUUAUAAUAUAUUUUUAUAGCAAAGGCAUUAUAAUUUCUCGAAUAGUUAUGCACGAUAAUACAUAUUUGUAUAAGUCCAUUGUACUCAGUAUCAUUUUUUAUAUUUACAUGCGUAAAUGCAAUAAA